GCCAUUCCUGUAGUGAACAUCGAGUUUGUGGUAUCCACCGUCUCCUGUUGGGCUUCUGCAGUAGGCCAGGUGCACGAAUGAACGCUCAGUUCGUCGCCUCGCCGCAAGUGCACGCACGCGGCUGGCGUUCGGUUGGGUCACGCUCACACGCUUGCAGUGUCCCGCUCCUCCCGUCCGGCGCCGGCGGGAGCGCCCGCCGCGCCGCUGCGUACGUAGGUGAGCAACGCGAGGCUCGCCGCCUCGUCCCCUCCCUCCCCGCCACACCUAUAAAUCACGCCCUCCUGCCGCACCUAGCAUCACGCAGCGCAAGCCACCGCACACACCUACCCAAGAAGCCAUUCUCGACCAAGAGCAUUAGCUGCAAUGGCGGUGAGCACGGCCCAGCUGCAGCCGCGCGCUGUGGCGGCGCUGUGGGUGCUCCUCGUCCUCCUCCUGCUGGGGACGCGCGCGGCCGAUGCGCAGCAGCAGGGCACCUGCGGGCAGCAGCUGACCGGGCUCGCCCCCUGCGCGCGCUACAGCGUGCCGCCGGCGCCCGGGCAGGCGCUGGCGGUGCCGGGGCCGGAGUGCUGCUCCGCGCUGGGCUCCGUGUCCCGCGACUGCGCCUGCGGCGCCAUCGACAUCAUCAACAGCCUCCCCGCCAAGUGCGGCCUGCCGCGCGUCACCUGCCAGUGACUGCUAGCUGGUGCAUCAGGCUAGCUCCAUGCGCGAAGAAGAGUUGAAGAAGACGACGAUGAACAAUAAGAAGAUUGCCGGUGGUCGUGCAACCAUCGAGUAGCAGCCGAAUCCAGCUGUGUUUCGGGAGUAGUGGCAACAGUGCAAGUGUUUACUGAAACUUUUAUGAGUAAUAACAAAAUACUGAAAC